GUGUUUAGAGUAUAGAUUAUGUACAAAUUCUAAUGUUUGAUUGGAAAAGUCUUAAUAGAAAAAAAUCUAAAAUGUCGUGGUGGGCUUUUAAAAUUAUACAAAAGUACUAACUUUGUAUCAGUUAAGAACUUACAUCCUAUGAUUCAGCCCCUAAAAUAGAUCUCAUCCGAAGUUUGGGAAAUUUCAUAUUAGAACUCAAAAAGGAAAAAAAAAAACAGGAAUUAUUGAUUUUUGUUAAUCUAAGACAAGAAUGUGUGGAUUAAAUCUGGGUUUAAUUGUGAUAAUGAUAGGAUUAGUGGUGGAAACAGAGACAGGGGAAUCGAUGAGAUUUGAGCUGGAUUCUGGGAAAACCAAAUGCAUUGCAGAAGACAUAAAGGCAAAUGCAAUGACGGUUGGGAAAUACAGCAUUGUGAAUCCAAGUGAAGGUCAACCUUUUCCUGAUUCUCAUAAACUGGUAGUCAGGGUGAGUUCACCUAAGGGGAACAAUUAUCACCUAGGAGAUCAAGUGGAUUCAGGUACAUUUGCAUUUACAGCAGCAGAGAGUGGGGAUUACACCACUUGUUUUUGGGCAAAUAAGCACAAGCCUCCUGUCAAGAUGACCAUUGAGUUCGAUUGGAAAAGUGGUGUUGCUGCUAAGGAUUGGUCCAAGGUUGCUACGAAAGGCCAGGUUGAGACAAUGGAAAUUGAGUUGAAGAAACUGUAUGACACAGUAUCAGCCAUUCAUGAAGAGAUGUUCUAUCUUCGUGAGAGGGACGAAGAAAUGCAGGAGCUAAACAAAGAAACAAAUUCAAAAAUGGCUACUCUUAGUUUCUUUUCGCUGCUUCUUUGCUUGUCUGUGGCUGGCUUGCAGAUAUGGCAUCUAAAGUCAUUUUUUGAGAGGAAGAAGCUCCUCUAGUUUUCCGGUGAGGUGCGAUCCCCAGAAAUUAAAUGAAAAUAGACUUAUUUAUCAAUUUAAAGUGGAAAUUUUGUAGUUUUUAUUCUAUUCCCUAAAGCUCGGUUUUGGAUUAGAAGGGAGCAAUCCUACCUUCAUUUUUCUUUUAUAUAUAAAUUUUAAUUUGAUGUAAUUAUACCAUGAAACUUUAAUUAUAGUUCAAAUGUAUAUUUGAAAUUUUAAUUUUAAUUUAAUCAUAAACAAAAAUAAAUACAUCAAUUUAUUUUUAUAUUAGAUAAA